UAUUUUGACUGGUUUUCAGCGUACAGUGCGAUUUAACAGGUUACUUUAUGUUGCGCCGAUUAAUACUAGCGGCAAAUAGCUGGUUCUUUUGUGCGGGUUGCGCGUGUUCGCGGAUAUUUUCUCAAAUAUAGUUCGAAAUUGUAAAGGGUUGCUAUUAAAUGAUUCGUCUUAUUAAUACCACCCCAUGGCCUACUAAAGAUCUAACUUGAUUUUCAAGGCGUACAAUUUUUUGGUUUUAUUUGUAUGUCUUUCUAACAAUAAAUUCAUUUAAUAAUCCAAAUUAAUUUGCACUGUCCCGUCUUGCCCCGCUUGUUUUGGAAUCGCUAAAAUUACACCGUAUGUGCGAAUCACUAAAUAACUACUCGUAUGUUUUAAUAUAUUUAUUCGAAGCAUUGUCAAUUAAUAAAGUCAUGGUAGUACCAUAGAUACUCUAACACGUAUUAGAGUAUCUUUCGUAGUACUAAUUUCUGGUAUCAUAGUGCAAUUGAAAAUAAUUCAACAUAGUUCGAUUUUUACAUAUGUAGUCUAUACAUGUUCUUACAAGAAUGUAUCACACCAUACACCACAUUAGAUAUUCUGUCAAAAAUGUUGAGAAAUUCUCUUCAUUUUUGAUAAAUCAACUAAAGUUCAAGAAGUAUGCCACCCCUAAGGCAUCUAAAUGUCCGCUGCAGUCAAAAACAACGGUAUUACGCCAUGCUGAUGUGAUUUUUAUUAUUGACGAAUUAAAAGAAGGAGCAGAACCUUGUUGCGGCAAUUUCUUCUGCCAUAGAAAUAACAAUCACCCUGUGAACACAGCGUGUGAUGUUUGUUUGCAAACUUCACAAGUAGAUUUUAUAUUACAAAGAGGAAAAUCUGUUUCUUCAGAAAAUAUUCAUAGAGAAACCGACCAUAUUGGGGACAAAGAUGGAAUUGUGAGUUAUGCGGUCAUCAAAUCACCGGUGGGCAACCUUCAACAUACUUUGAUUGACUUGACCAAAUAUGGAGGUGCCUUUCUCCCUGGCUUUGAGGUGGAUCAAGCAUGGAAAGCUGAAGAGAACCCCCAGGUUAUGACAGCUGUGGAUCAUAUUGCUUUUGCACUCAAGUUAGAACACACUGAUGAGGUGGUACAGUGGUAUAAUCAUUGUCUGGGAUUCAGUAGAAUGAUAAUUAACAUUGAAGAAGACUUUGACGAUGGUUUUGUUGUAAAAGAAGGAACGCGUGGAUUAAGAUUAAAAGCUGUGCUUGGACCACAACAUUUGGAAGAACAAAAGUUAAAAAACAAAGUUCCACAAGUUCCAAAGUUUGUACUUUGUGAAGCACUCCAGCUGGAUAAGAAAAGUCUAAUGGAAGAUUUUUUUUCUAUGCAUCAGGGUGAGGGAGUUCAACACAUUGCCUUCUCCACUAAUAACAUCGUGGAUGCAAUUUCUCAUUACAAAGCAAGUGGUUUGCAAUGUGUGUUACCUCCAGAUGCAUAUUAUACAGAGAACUUUUCACGAAAUGAAAUCGAAGAUUUAAACUUAACAGUGGAAACUUUAAAAGCGAAUAAUAUUUUACUUGAAAGAAACCAAGGAGAAGCAGAAAGUGGAAGUGACUGGUGCGAAUUAAACUUUGGUGUGAGUGGAUUAGAAGAGCAAAAACAACAUUUGAAAAACACAAACUGGUUUCAGACGAUAUCAGGUUUUGGAGCGGGAAAUAUCGGUGCCUCGUGGCGUGCAGCUCAAAAGGAUUGGUGUGAUAAAUAGUUCAACAUAGUUCGAUUCUUACAUAUUCAUUCUACCUAUAUUUCCAUUCUUUAAUGCUACCAUUGGGUGACAUUUUAUUUAAGUAUACCAGUAUUCCCCACCAAUAUAGGUUAAAGUUUAACUAUAAUCGAGAUUCCAUUUCUUCAUAAUGCUUAUUAACCAUCUGAUAUAUUAAAUAAAGAUUAUCUGUAUUCCUUAAUCUUUUGGUAUAUUAAAUGUAUUAACAUAGCCUGAUUUUAUGUUGCACACUCCUAAAUUUUCCACUUCUAAAAUUAUUUUUUCCAUUUGCAUGUACUAGGCUACUAUUACAAAUAUUUAGCCCUUUGUUUGUUUUUUUUUAAAUAUUAGUGUAAAAAUUGCUCUGAGCCGUUUGCAUGUUGUAUACUCUUAACCCACUAUUAAACUAUUUAUGCAAGAAAUAAAUAUCAAAACUGUGUUUUUGUUUUUCUGUUUUAAAAAGAGCACUUUCAUGAUUAUGUCUAACGAAACUUUCUACAAAAAAAUCUUAUAAAAUAUAGUUUUACGACCAUGUAGCCUAAUACUAGCCACCAUCAAACCAACGUAAAGUCCUGUGUGCGGAUCCGUACACUGCAUA